CAUGAACAAAACCAGCUUCGACCAGCUCGAGCUGGUAGAAGAUGCAUCCGUCCAUAACAGCGUCCCAGGCAAGCAGUCCCGAGCUCCCGAACUCGUUCGCAACAUGACCCCGGAGAUUCGAGAGAAACUCGAGAAUUCCCUGAGGAAGAAGAUUGAUCUUAGGUUAUUGCCUAUGAUCGUUCUAAUGUAUAUUCUGAAUUAUCUUGAUCGAAAUAAUAUUGCAGCUGCGAGGUUGGCAGGCUUGGAGAAGGAUUUGAAGAUGCAUGGAAAUCAAUUUCAGACCUCUGUCAGCAUUUUGUUUGUGGGUUACUUGUUGAUGCAAGUUCCUUCCAACAUGCUCCUGAAUAAACUCGGCAAGCCAUCGCUAUAUCUUCCAGCAUGUAUGGUGGUUUGGGGUAUUAUCUCAGGAGCAACCGCUGCUAGUCAAACCUUUGGGGGCCUACUUGCUUGCCGAUUCAUCCUCGGUUUCGUUGAAGCAGCCUACUUCCCGGGAUGUCUCUAUUACCUCUCCGCAUGGUACACCAGAAAAGAACUCGUCAAACGUACAGCCGUCCUUUAUUCCGGAUCCCUCCUCUCAGGUGCCUUCUCGGGUCUCAUCGCAGCUGGUAUUACGAACGGUCUUAAUGGCGCCAAAGGACUCUCAGCUUGGAGAUGGCUCUUCAUCGUCGAAGGAGCAUUAACUGUCUUCGUUGCCUUGUUCACCUUCUUCAUUAUCCCCGAUUUCCCACGAACCACCACCUGGCUCACCGAAGAAGAGAAACAACUCGCUGCAUGGAGACUAGAUGAAGACAUCGGAGAAGACGACUGGGUUAACAGCAAACAGCAAACUUUCUUGCACGGUGCAAAACUGGCUGUUAAAGAUCCAAAAGCCUGGCUACUCCUCGCAACGACAUACGGUUUCACAGCGGCCGGGACAGUGACGACUUUCUUCCCCACCGUAGUCAAAGGCCUCGGCAAAAACAACAUCACAACUCUUUUGCUCACCGCACCGCCAUACCUCAUCGGCACGAUCGCUAUUCUGACUAACGCCUGGCACGCAGAUAAGACGGGAGAACGAUAUCUGCACAUUGUGCUUCCGCCAGUCGUUGCAAUUGUGUCAUUCAUCAUCGCUGUGACGACGACGGCUUUUGCGCCGAGAUAUUUCGCAAUGUGCAUAAUGGUCGGAGCAAUCUACUCAGGCUACGUCGUAACACUCUCCUGGAUCUCAAACGUCCUCCCCCGCCCACCAGCAAAGCGCGCCGCCGCCCUGGCAGGAAUAAACGCGCUAAGCAACGUCUGCCAGAUCUAUUCUCCCUUCUUAUACCCUUCAAAUGAUGGACCAAAAUACGUAAAAGCAAUGGCUGUGAACCUCUCUAUGUCAGGUAUGAGCAUUAUAUUUGGCACCAUUUUGCGUUUCUAUUUGGUGUCUUUGAAUAAGAAGCUGGAUAGAGCGGAUCGAGGGGAGGAAAUUGAUGUUGUGAGUGAGUUUAACGGGGCGGGAGGGAGUGAUGGGGAAGGGAGGAAGAGGGAGGUAGAGGAGAGGGGGCUACCUGGUCUUGCAGUGGAGAGAGGAUUUAGGUUUUUAGUGUAA